GUUUUUUUUUUGCAAAAAAGAUUGAUUUUUUAAUUCUGUUUUGAUCAUUUCCUGUUUCAUUUGGGAGCAAUUUGUUUGUUUUCCCUGCAGGGUAUUGUGGGCUGUUUUGUUCUCAAAUUUGGGUGACUGCUCUGGGUGCGUGCGUCGACCAUAGCGAUGGUGGGGGUAGGAAAAAGUGAACCAAGUGUAUGGUAGGAGGCCAUAUACCCGACAUCAAGCUAAGGCAAGGGCUAAUGCUUUCGCUUCCACGCCGGGUGCACCUUCUUCCUCAAGCUAUUUAAGUCUAAGCAACAGCACACUUCGUUUUAGAUCAGGGAAAUCUGCAAAGUUGUCUGAAGCAACAACAAAAGCAUAUGUUAGAAAGCUUGGAGAAUCAAUCAAUGAAUCAAUUCCAACAACUGGAAACAUUCACAGUCUUGAGCAGUCAGACCAGAAUUCAAGUUCUCCUUCCACUGGAGUUGUUGGAAUUGUUCGUGCUGCAAUUGACAAUCUGUUCACGUUGGUACAUGUAGGGGAAGCUUCUCGCACAGUUGAUGGGAGUUGCAGCCAAUCUUGCAAUCUUGGCCUUACCGAAGUUGUUGGCACGUUUGCUGAUGAUGAUUGUGAAGAGGUGAGAUCUUCGGCUAUAAAUUCUGACUUGGUCUCAGUUGGAGGUUACAGAGUGAAGAAAGCAGCAGCCCCUAUGCUUGAAAGAAUUGUUGGGAAGCAUGGAGAUAUAGCUGUUGACUGCACUUUCAAGCCAGUUGUAAGUCGGGCUUUGUUCUUAGAGAAUAUCUGUGACCUUAUUGAAACAUUGCAAGCAAAAGAAUUCUAUGAUGUCAAGUGAGCUGAUAUUGAGGAAAUGCUGGUUGUUGUGGAGGAUCUUGGAAAACUUAAACUGCAAGUUGGCUGGCUUGAGAAGAGGUUGAAGGAAAUUUUGAAUUUAAAGGAGAGGUUGAAGGAAUACAUGAGAUUGAAGGAGGGCAAGACUACGCAAGUUAAAUUCAUUCAGGAAUCCAAAGAAGCACUGAAAUUGUAUGAGGAUAAGAUACUAGAACACAGUGCUAAGAUACUGAAAUACAGGGCUAAGGCACUAGAUAAACAGCUGAAGCUGGAGGCUCCAGAGGCUGAGGUGAAAAAUAUUGAAGGAAUAUUCUCGAAUUCAAUGGCAGAAGUUCCAGUCUUUACUAAAUCUCUUAUUCAGGAUCUGCUCUGAUGUCUCAGUUUGUCUCCUAUGCUUGCUUGUAAAUGAUAGGAUAUUCUAGAAUGCAGACGAUGCCACACUAGCGACUUUUCCUUCUGAAAAAUCAUAUAAUUUUGGAUGCAAUAAUGCUAUAUUUAGGAACCACAUGGAACGUGCAAUGCAGAUUCCUGGAGAGAACCGUCUUUGUGCAUGUUGUGCCUCUAAAUUAUUAGAUAGGAUUAUUAGAGUAUUUUACUAAUAUUUGUUCCUGUAGAGAAGUUUGCUUUCUAGAGCUGAAUCUGGACAGGAACUGUGUAUAUCUUUAGCUUUUAAGUCUAAAAAACAUUGAUUGUUUCUGAAUCUCUGAUUUAAGCAAGGUGGAAAAUGUUUC